CCCGCAUCUCCUAUAGUAGCCCUCCUAGCUAGAUCAUUGGAUACAUAGCCAGGCCAACAGAUCGGCUUCCGGCAUGGGUUCCAAGCAGCAGAUCGGGGUGGUCGUCGUCUUGUCAUGCUUCAUUGCCAUCAGUGCUCUCGCCUUCCGUCCCUGCGCAGCCUGGUCGGAUGCCGGCGCCACCUGGUACGGCCCUGCCAACGGCGCUGGGAGCGAUGGUGGUGCGUGUGGGUACCAGGGUGCCGUCCACCAGCCGCCCUUCUCGUCAAUGAUCACCGCCGGCAGCAAUUCCAUCUACCAGGACGGCAAGGGCUGCGGCACCUGCUACCAGGUGAAGUGCACCGGACACCAGUCGUGCUCCGGCAGCCCGGUGACAGUGGUCCUCACUGACCAGUGCCCCGGCGCGUGCCAGUCCGAGCCCGUCCACUUCGACCUCAGCGGGACGGCGUUCGGUGCCAUGGCGAAACCCGGCCAGGCCGACCAGCUCCGAAACGUCGGCCGCCUCCCAGUCCAGUACACUCGGGUGCCGUGCAACUGGAACGGCGUGGACGUGGCCUUCAGGGUGGACGCCGGCUCGAACGCCAACUACCUGGCCAUGGCCAUCGAGUACGAGGCCGGGGACGGGGACCUGCGCGCCGUGGAGCUGCAGAAUGGCGCGGCGGCGUGGGCGCCCAUGGAGCGCUCCUGGGGCGCGGUGUGGCGGUACCAGUCGUCCGGCUCCAGUCUGCAGGCGGCCCCCCUGUCUGUCCGCCUCACCUCCGGCUCCGGCAAGACCCUCGUCGCCAGCGGCGUCAUCCCCGCCGGAUGGCAGCCCGGCAACACCUACCGCUCCGUCGUCAACUUCGGAGGAAACUGACGGACGAUAUUAUAUAUAUUAAUUAAUUGUUAUACGUACUCAUGUUAUGUCUCAAAUCCAAAUAAGAUGAAGCAUGUGGCCUGCAUGCUAGAUCAUAUCUGAUCUUGUCUCUGUUGAUGCUGAUCAGCCAAUGGAUAAUUGUCGAUCGGAAGCUCAACAUAUAUAAAUAUAAUAUA